UAACACUUGUAGUUUUAAUUAUUAUGUUAUAACGCAUUUGAGUUCUGUGAUAAUGUAUGUAACAUAAUGCUAAAUGAUUCUAUAUGUAUACAUGUAAAAUUAACAUUGAUUGAAAAUCAACGGAAAAAUUUAAACAACAUUAAAAAUUAAUUAAUUAUUAUUUUACUCACAGAGGAGAUGAUUUCGAAGUAUUUGUUAUUAAUUGGCUUAAUUUCACAUAAUAUAGUUAAUUCGAUGAAUAUGUAUUUUGGAAGCCCAUUUAUUCCACAAUUUUAUACGAUUCCAAGAAAUAAUGUAUUUCAGACCUUGCAAGACAACGUCGGCAGUUUUUAUAGGAAACCAGACAUCUUGCAACUACCGCCAGAAGUUAACCGCAAUAAUGAACAGUAUGAAAUACAACAGAGAUCUUAUAUGGAUAGGCAAGUUAAACCACAGGGUAAUCUAAUGAACCACCACCUUUGGAACAUUCAAGCACAACAAGCCUUUCUUCGACGUCAUCAAUCAGAAAAACAAAAACAAUAUCGAGAAUAUUUAUUAAAGAAACGAGAAGAAACGAAAAAACGCCUUGAACAUCAUCAUAAACAAGCAAAACUGAAAAAGGAAAAUAUGCUCAAGAAUCUCGUUGCACAACGUUCAAAGUUUCUUCAACGGCUUUAUUAUGAUAAUUUACUACAUCGCGAGUAUGAUGAAAAAGAACUUGAAAUGCAUAGAAACAAUGCAGACGAAACGUAACAUAAUUAAAUAAAUUAAGUAUAAUGGACUAUAUAAUUAUGUACUAUUUAAUGUAUGCGUUUUCAGUUACAAUCAUAUUAUAAAUUAGAUAUAAAAAUGUAACAUAUAAUUUAAGGUGAUUUUAUAUUUUAUAUUAUUGUGGAAAUAGUUCUAACGAAAUUUAUAUUACCUAUUGACACUCUAAGUUAUCAAAAAUAUUUAUAUACUGAUGUAAGUAUGAAAGUGUUUUGAUACGUACCAUUGUUUUUUUUAUAUUUAAAACUAUCAUCACUUUUAACCACAUAAAUAUAUCACGCCGAUUUAAACAUUCAUAGGUAUUCGUAUUUAUAAACUAAAAUAAAAUACAAUAUACGUAAUAGUUUAAUUUAAUUUCAAAUUUGUAACAAUUUUUAUAAAUAACUUGAUUUUGUUUAAACACUGUAGUUGUAUAAUAUAAUGUAUGUAGUUUAUUACAUACUAUACUAUAUACAUUAUUCCAUAGGUUCCACUAUAGUUAAUUACUAUUGUCCAAUCUGUUUGUACAACUUUGAAACACGUAUCAUCUUUUGAGGAUGAAUUUUUUAAUUAACAAUUAUAAUUUAUAAUAAUACUAUAAAGUAGUUUUUGGAGCCUUUGACCGGAACCACGUGUAUGUGCGUGUGUGUAUGAUUCAAAAAGGAAUAACCAUGUAAGUAGGUAGGUACUUCACAUUUUCAAUUUGCAUUUUUGUACAUUUUAAAUUAUUGACUUUUUUAGUAUUUUUUCCAUAAAUGUUGUUACAAAUUGUUGUCCCAUACAAAAAAAAAAUUAAAACUUGAAUACAAGAUCCCUCAUAAGUUUCACUUAUAAGAAUUUAUAAAAUAUUGAAA